AAAGCGCAUGCGCACACAGCUAGCUAAGAAUGCUACUCACAGAGGUGGGAGCCCAGUCGUGUCCGUAGACAAAGCAGUAUUUACAGUACAGGUUAUCAAACUCUGGAAACUGAAACACAACAAAGAACAACACAUUUACAACCGGAAGUUAUAAAACUGUCUGAUAGUUGAGACACAUUCAGGCUGUGAAGCUUUAAUCUGAGCGGAGUUAGCUGCUCUGCUAAUGCUAGGUGUUCCACUCACAGUCGCUCCCUCGAUCUGUCCGUUCACUGUGAGCAGGAACACAGACGGGUUACUCACAGCCAUGACGGCCCCGGGUCUAAAACCUCAGAACUGUGUCCUCUUUAGCUUCAAAAAGAGAUUCAAACCCAGAAGGAAACCCUCUAGCUACAGCUACUGCUGCCUGCUAGCUUUCCCGUUGCUACGGCAACGCGUGCUCCUCCUAACGGCUGCCGGGGAGGGUCAAACUGAAUCAAAGCGCGCGAAGCUGUUUCUGAGGAGACCACAGGAGGGCGGCAGAGGACUGGACCUGGACCUGGACCAAGAGAGGACUGGAUCCACCUGCAGACAGACGACCCAGUUUUCUGUUCCAGUGUCGGCGCAGGAAGCAGUCGGCUUAGAGUGUCGAGAGACUUCAGCGCGUGCAUCAUAAAUCUGCAGGAGCCCUCGAUGUGACAGACAGCGCAGACUCUCCUCACAACUGUUCCCGACACACUCAGCGGAGUUUAGAGGAACACAUGGAGUGGCUCUGCCUGACGCUCUAUCAUGACUGAUGGCGAGGGGAGAGCGCGCUUUGAGUACACAGAGGGCCCAGAGGUGAGGGGGCAGGAGCAGGAGCAAGAAGAGGAGGAGGAGGAGGUGCACGAGGAGGUGAGGGUCGCCAUACAGACGCCCUACAGGUCGGACGCCCCGGGCCACAAUGUCAACCAAGAAGAGGAAGAAGAAGAAGAGGAGGAGGAGGAGGUGGAGAGAAAGACAAGGAGCAGUAGCGGAGGAGAGUGGAGCCCCGAGGUGGAGGAGCUUGAGGAGCAGGAACCGGAGAUGGAGGUUGGACCGCCGUUGGGAGUUCGAAUCCACGCACCCAUCCGUGAUCCAGAUUGUGUGUCUGAGGAGGAGGAGCAGCAGCCGUACCCGGCGCUCGCCCCGGUGGCUUUCUUCUGCUUGAAACAAACAACACGGCCUCGCAACUGGUGUCUACGCGUCGUCUGUAACCCAUAUCCUUUUUAGACUCUGGAAACCUCGCUGCCCGGCGCACGGUAAGACCAAACCUGUCCUUUCCUUCACACA